GCUAUGGCAGCCAUUCGAAAAAAGCUGGUUAUAGUGGGCGAUGGUGCCUGUGGAAAGACCUGUCUGCUGAUUGUGUUUAGCAAAGACCAGUUCCCUGAAGUCUAUGUUCCCACCGUCUUUGAAAAUUAUGUAGCAGAUAUUGAAGUGGAUGGAAAGCAGGUGGAGUUGGCUUUGUGGGAUACAGCAGGACAAGAAGACUACGAUCGACUUAGACCGCUUUCUUAUCCAGAUACCGAUGUUAUACUUAUGUGUUUUUCAAUCGAUAGUCCUGAUAGUUUAGAAAACAUCCCAGAGAAGUGGACCCCGGAGGUGAAGCAUUUCUGUCCCAACGUGCCUAUCAUCUUGGUAGGAAACAAGAAGGACCUGAGGAAUGACGAGCACACAAGACGAGAGCUGGCCAAAAUGAAGCAGGAGCCUGUCAAACCUGAGGAAGGAAGAGAUAUGGCAAACCGCAUCGGUGCAUUUGGAUAUAUGGAGUGUUCGGCAAAGACCAAAGACGGUGUGAGGGAGGUGUUUGAAAUGGCCACUAGAGCUGCUUUGCAAGCCCGGCGUGGCAAGAAAAAGUCCGGGUGCCUUCUCUUAUAAAGUGUGGCC